AUGUGGUCAAUACAUGUUGCGACGCUUGUCUACAUGAUUAUAGUCAGUGAAACACUUCUAGCAAAACAUCAUUCUUCGAGUACCACUCGUGUAGGAGUAUCGACGAGCAUUCCAGAUACUAAAUACGAACAGGUCAUUGCUCAACGUUAUUUAUUUGCACCAUUUGCUAAUGAAUCAACUGCCUGGCCCGUACUGACGAAUAUAAACAAUGUAUGGCAAGCUGUUGCAUUGCCACACUAUCAUUCACAAGCAACCGAAGGAGUUUGGUUAUUGACUAAGACUAUGACUAAUGUAUAUCAGACUAACUCAGCUACUGCACAAUUUCAAAUAGUCUGGAUGCCUUUAUCUGCUAACAAUACUUGGAUAGUUUUAUCGAAUAUUGACGCUGAUAGUUUAUUGAUCAUCUCGCAUAAUGAAAUUACGGCUACGAUUUACACAGCUGCACUCAUCUCGUCAGAUCGUAUACAAUUAAUAUUAUGCAAUCGAUCGGAUGCGACUUCUUGUAGAAUUAUAAAAAUCAUUCCUUUUCCAUCUCUAUUGGCGAAUAUUUCGAAAAUUACAGGUGGUUUAUUUAUAGACGAUAUAGGAGCAAGUGGAUGGUUGUAUAUUGCUACUGAUAUAGGACUACAUGGAUUGGAUCUUUCUACAUUCAUUAUUUUUCCUUAUAUCAAUGGUAUUAAUAUAUCCGUCUCUUCUUUAGCAAGGAGUUCAAGCCGCCAGACAAUUUUUGUUGGUACAGACACGAAACUCUGGAUUCAUUCAUAUGGUAUUGGCAAUGAAGAAUGGCGUUUUGAACACAUUACUGGACUUAUUGAUGCUCCAAUUACAUCAUUAGUGUAUAAUAAUGUACAAGAUCAGUUAUGGAUAGGACAGGAAACUGGAAUUACUCUUCUGUUACCAGUUGUUAUGUCCACUGGACGAAUUCAUUGGUUUUUUUCUAGAUUAGCAGGACAAAUAUCUAAUCCAGGAUCCUAUAUUGGACAUUUGCCAUUUGCUAAUAUCACUACACUUGCUGUAAGCCAUCAUUCGUCAUCGCCAGAUAGUCGAGUUUGGUUGGGUAGUAAACGUGGAGUUAUGCGUUUUGAUUCUAACUCUACUGACGUAGACUCCUGGCGUGUGUUUAAUAGUGCAAGAUAUAUGCCAAAUCGUGAUUCGUUAGUCGAUGUAUUAUCAUUGACUGUUAUGAGUCGUACUAAGAGUAUGCCCAUUACUCUAGGUAGUACUGCAGUAGCAGUCACAAGCAAAGGUUUGGCUGUUCUUCGUUUUGAAAUGUGGACAUUAGCAGAUAAGGCCAAACAUUUUCAAGGAUUCUUCAAUCAAUCUGGUCGCCAUGAUAAAUAUAAUCUAGUAUCCACCUGCGAUAUGUCAUCAUGGGGAGAUAUUCAUACUUGUGUCAAGGGACCAGAUGACAAUGAUGGCCUUUGGACUUCGAUGUAUUUAAGUAGUCAAGUUUUUCGUUAUAUGGUAACUAAAGAUCCAGCUGUCAAAGCAUCUGCAUGGAAACAUUUUGAAGCAUUGGAACUACUCAAUCAAGUGACAGGUAUUUCUGGUUAUCCUGGUCGUUCUUUCGCUAAACGUAGUGAUUUUCCACCUGAUCCUGAUUGGCAUUUAUCUCCUGUUUACACGACUCUUCAAUUCAAAGGCGAUACAUCAUCUGAUGAAAUUGUUGGACAUGAACAUAUUUAUCCACUAGUACAUGAUUUUCUAGCUAGUAAUGAUAGUGAACGUCAACGAGCUUACAUCUUGUUCUUCAAUAUUACAAAUCAUAUUUUGACUCAUGAUUGGUAUUUAGUCGGUGAAAAUCAUACACAUACAUCGUGGGGAAUCUGGAAUCCAGUUGAUGUAAAUGAUAAUAGUGACUUUCAGGAUGAUCGAGGAUUGAAUAGCCUUGAAAUUCUUACGUAUUUACUUCAAACGUAUGCCUACAGUGGUGAAGAACGUUUUCUCGAUGGUGCGAAACUUCUUAUCGAAUCCUAUCAAUAUGAUGUUAAUAUUAUCAAUCGAAAAAUGAUUGCUGUUUGUGACGAUGAUCCCUCGGAUGAUGAACUAACCUAUUUGACCUAUUUUAAUUUAAUCUAUACAAUCAAUAAAAUUACUUCUACAACUAAGUUAUCUACAAGACAGAAAGCACGUGUACAGUUACUUACCGAUAAACUUUUGGAGUACAUGAUAGUUGGAUUAGACCUAACGCAUAAGUACAAACAAAUGGAGAAAUCACCAUUCUACAAUUUUAUCUAUUGUUAUGUCACCGGUCAAGUAAAUGAAACUUGGCAUCUAUUCAAUCGCAACCAUCAAAUUUCUCCUGGCUUCAACUGUAAUUCUUUGUCACAAGAUGGUAUAUGGUAUAUGCAACGUUGGCCAUUGGAACUAAUCAAUUGGCCACAAUUUAAUAGUGAUCGUUUAGAUAUACAAUUGAAUAUACCAGGUGAAUGUGGAGGAAGCCCUCAGUCAUUGCAAAUGUUACCUCCAGACGAACGAUCUAUUAAGAAAUGGAACUACGGCGUCUAUGAGUUGGAUGAUGGCAAUGGGUUUAGAGAGGAAGAUCCAACUGCGUAUCUGAUUAGUUAUUGGGGAAUGCGUUAUUUCAACUUGUUAGGCGAAUAA